UCUUUAUGAAUGCAGCAAUACCAAUUGCAGCUGUACUUAUAACAUUUGUGGUCCACGCUCAUCUGACAACAAAGGCUGACUUCUCCCCAUCUGUGGCAUUUGCCUCCAUCUCCUUGUUUCAUAUUCUUGUGUCUCCAUUGUUCCUGCUCUCCAGUGUGGUUAGAUCCACUGUCAAAGCAUUAGUAAGUGUGCAGAAACUGAGUGAAUUCCUGUCAAGUGAAGAAAUUGGAGAAGAGCAUGAUAAAUCUGCAGAGCUAAGAAGUGCAGAUAAUCACAGCAAGUACCAGGCGGUGCCACUCAAAGUCGUUAACCGCAAAAGGCCUGCCAGGGACGACUGGAACAGUUACAGCUCUCACAUGAGGAGACCCAUCAGCAUCACAGAAGCAGAUGAUUUUUGUGUAAAGAUCAUAAAUGGAUUUUUCACUUGGACACCUGAAGGUCCUCCAGCACUGUCCAACAUUGAUAUCCGAAUCCCUCAAGGUCAGCUAACAAUGAUUGUAGGACAGGUUGGCUGUGGUAAGUCAUCUCUCUUGCUGGCCAUACUUGGUGAGAUGCAGAAGAUCUCUGGGAGCAUAUUCUGGAGCAGCUGUACUUCUGACAGUGAGACAGGGGAAGAUGUCAGCUCAGAGAAAGACUCUCCUGUUGACACGGAAUUCAGGAAAAGAGGAUCAGUAGCAUAUGCAUCACAGAAGCCUUGGUUGCUCAAUGCCACCGUAGAAGAGAAUAUCACGUUUGACAGCCCUUUUAACAAACAGAGGUACAAAGCAGUAAUUGAUGCGUGUUCCCUCCAGCCUGAUAUUGACAUUCUCCCUCAUGGAGACCAAACCCAGAUUGGAGAGAGAGGUAUUAAUCUGUCUGGAGGGCAGCGCCAACGUAUCAGUGUGGCAAGAGCACUUUACCAGCAGACAAAUGUUGUGUUCCUGGAUGAUCCAUUUUCUGCACUGGACAUCCACCUAAGUGACCAUCUCAUGCAAGAAGGGAUCCUCAAAAUGCUACGGGAAGACAAGCGGACCAUUGUGCUAGUGACCCACAAGCUGCAGUACCUGCCCCACGCUGACUGGAUAAUUGCAAUGAAAGAUGGUAACAUCCAGAGAGAAGGAACACUCAAGGACAUUCAGAAAUCCGAGACUGAGCUCUUUGAACACUGGAAGACAUUAAUGAAUCGACAAGACCAGGAGCUGGAAAAGGAGACUAUUAUUGAGAGAAAAACUGUUUUGGAAAGAACAAAUCUCCGGAGGACUAUGUAUUCCCGAGAAGCUCUGUUGAAAGAUGAUGAAGAGGACGAAGAAGAAGUAACAGAAAGUGAUGAUGAAGACAACCUGUCUUCGGUGCUGCAUCAGAGAGCGAAGAUGCCCUGGCGAGCCUGUGGCAAGUACCUCAGUGCAGCAGGGAUCCUCCUCCUGCCACUGCUGGUCCUGUCCCAGCUGCUGAAGCACACGGUGAUGGUGGCCAUCGACUACUGCCUGGCGCGCUGGACCUCGGAUGCCAUUGCUGAGAAUUCGGAGCUAGAGCUGAGGAACUGCUCUGGCUGCGAGGUUUUCAACCACUCUCGAUAUUCAAAAGUUUUUAGCAUUCUCUGCUGUCUUGGGAUUGUACUAUGCCUUGUCACAUCAAUAGCCGUGGAGUGGACUGGCUUGAAAGUCACCAAAAAGCUACACUCUUCUUUACUGAAUAAAAUUAUUUUGGCUCCAAUGAGGUUUUUUGAAACAACACCUCUGGGAAGUAUAUUGAACAGAUUUUCAGCUGACUGCAAUACCAUCGACCAGCACAUUCCAGCUACCCUGGAGUGCCUGAGUCGCUCCACUUUGCUGUGUGUCUCUGCCCUCGCUGUCAUCUCGUACGUCACACCCAUGUUCCUCAUCGCCCUGGUUCCCCUCGCCAUCAUGUGUUACUUCAUCCAGAAGUACUUCCGAGUCGCAUCACGGGACCUGCAGCAGCUGGAUGACAGCACUCAGCUACCAUUGCUCUCCCAUUUUUCAGAGACUGUCGAAGGUCUUACUACCAUCCGAGCCUUCAGGUAUGAAGCCAAAUUUCGACAGAAACUUCUUGAAUACACAGACUCCAACAACAUCGCGUCCCUGUUCCUCACGGCUGCCAACCGCUGGCUGGAAGUGCGCAUGGAGUACAUUGGAGCGUGUGUGGUACUCAUAGCAGCCGUCACUUCUAUUACCAGUUGCCUGUAUAGUAAGCUCUCAUCAGGACUUGUAGGCUUGGGACUCACCUAUGCUCUUAUGGUGUCUAACUAUCUGAACUGGAUGGUGCGUAACCUGGCUGACAUGGAGAUCCAGCUGGGUGCAGUGAAGAGGAUCAAUGGCCUUCUCAAAACGGAAGCUGAAAAUUACGAAGGGCUCCUUUCUUCCUCACAGAUUCCCCAGAACUGGCCAGACAGAGGGGAGAUCCAAAUCCAGAACCUCAGUGUCCGAUACGACAGCAACUUGAAGCCAGUGCUAAAGCAUGUCAAUGCCCACAUCUCUCCAGGACAAAAGAUUGGGAUCUGCGGCCGAACAGGCAGUGGAAAAUCCUCCUUCUCUCUUGCAUUUUUCAGAAUGGUUGACACUUUUGAAGGAAGGAUCAUCAUCGAUGGUAUAGAUAUUGCUAAGAUGCCCUUGCAGACGUUGAGAUCCAGGCUGUCAAUCAUUCUCCAAGAUCCUAUUUUAUUCAGCGGAACAAUCCGGUUUAACUUGGACCCUGAGAAGAAGUGCACAGACAGCAUGCUGUGGGAAGCGUUGGAAAUAGCACAGCUCAAGCACGUGGUGAAAGCUCUCCCUGGGGGCCUAGAUGCUAUAGUUACAGAAGGGGGUGAGAACUUCAGCCAGGGCCAAAGACAGCUCUUCUGCCUGGCAAGGGCUUUCGUGCGGAAGACAAGCAUCUUCAUCAUGGAUGAAGCCACAGCAUCUAUUGACAUGGCAACAGAGAACAUCCUGCAGAAGGUGGUCAUGACUGCGUUCGCCGACCGCACUGUGGUCACAAUAGCACACCGCGUGCACACGAUCCUCAAUGCAGAUUUGGUUAUUGUAAUGAAGAGAGGGGUUAUUCUGGAGUAUGACAAGCCUGAGGUUCUGCUAGAACAAGAAGACAGUGUCUUUGCUUCUUUUGUACAAGCAGAUAAGUAAUAAAAAAACCCGAAGCAUUUUAAAGGACAAUUGUACUAUUUUAUAAAAGUGUAAAAUACCUGUAAAUAAAUACUAUUUCAUAAUAA